CUUUCACUUUCGACAGUAUUUAAGGUCUAACUGUAAGGAAGAGGCAGCCAUUUCACAUUUUGCCGAAAAGGAGAAUCAUGUCUACACUCCUACUAUUAUCAGGGCUUCUCGGAUACGCAGGAGUUGCUUCUGCCGAGACAAAAUCACUGCAAUACUGCAUCACUGGGUCCACAAAAGGGUCUAGCUUACCGGAAUUCAUUCUUGUAGGCAUGGUGAAUGAUAUUGUUCAUGAGUAUUUUGACAGCAGUAUGGAUACCGGAGUUUUCCGUAUUAAGUCACUGGAUGAGUCGUUCGACCUCAAAUUCAGGCAAACACGUUCUUUACUGGCAGUCUCGGAGCAAAAGAGAAUGAAACAGAAGCUAGAUGCCGCAAUGCAGAAAUUCAACCACACUGGAGGAAUUCACACUUACCUCAGAAUUGCUGGGUGUGAAAUGGAUGAUGAUGGAACCAGAAGAGGCUAUAUGUUUGAUGCGUAUGAUGGAAAUGAUUUUAUCAGUUAUGAUUUUGAAACAAAUAGCUGGAUUGCUGCUGUUCCACAGGCAGUGUUCGAUAAACAAAGGAGAGAUGCUGAUGCAAGUUAUAUGCCAUAUAUGAUAAACUUUUAUCAUUAUGAGUGCAUUGAAUGGCUUAAGAUGUUCAUUGCCUAUGGAAAAAUGUAUUUAGAGAAAAAAGUUUGUCCUGAAGUGAAACUGAUAGAAAGGAUAGGAGUACAGCCUGAAUGGAUUAAAGUCACAUGUCAUGUGAGUGGUUUCUACCCACGGAACAUUGAGGUGAGAUGGCUUAGAGAUGGACAGCAAACACUCAGUGAAAGAGAAUUAAUUGGAGAGACAUUGCCUAAUGAAGAUGGGACAUACCAAUUGAGAAAUACCCUGACAUUGACACUGGAAGAAAAGACAAAACACAUAUUCACAUGUGUCAUACAUCACAGCAGUCUGGAAAAGCCACUAGAAAAAACAUUGGUUCCUCAGACGUCUCAUACAGAUUUCACUGUUAUCGGAUGUAUAAUUGGUGCAAUCAGUCUGAUCUUUAUUGUCCUUGGAUUUGUUGCCUGGAGAAAGUUCAAUGCAGGUGCAAAGAAAUCCAACUAUGAACUAACACAAGUUAAAGAAGAAAGUGAUACAUCAUCAGCUGGCUCUAAUAGCAUCUGAAGCAGCUGUCUGUCUUUAUAAAAUGUGUCAAAUUUCAAAAUAUUGUUCAUUUAAUAUUUAAUAACCUUUAUGAUGAACAGAACAUGAGAAAGUUGGAAAUGCAAUAAAUGAUUACAACUUACCAGAGACAAAAAAGCACAUGCUUGGUUUUAAAGUUCCGUUAUGGUGGAUGUUGCCUGUUUAGAGAGUCAAUCUCAGAUCCUACAGCCAUUUACUUAAUAUCUGUUUACUUCUGCUAAUGGAACUUACAUUUUUUGUUUUCAUUUUAAUUAACUUGUUUUUAUACUGAAAAAAAAUCCUUCCAAUAAAACAUUAAGUAACUGUUUACAGUAGCAUUUUUGAGUUUGAUCAACAUUACAGUAUAUUGACAACCAAUUACAAAAAUUGAGUUCACAGGAUACAAGCUACACUAUGCCAAACUAGAACAUUUCAGUUAGCUCAAGUAAAAAUAACUAAUAUGUAAAACAGCAUUAAGCCCGUCCAACAUAAAUUUUACAGCUGUGCUGUCAAAAUCAUCUCUAAUUGGUGUAACUAAAAAAAUGAUGUUGAAUAAACUUAGUAAACCUAGGCAAAUUUUAAGCUGCUAAUUCAACAAAAAAAUAUAUAUAUAUACACUAUAUAUAUUUGCAAACUCAAGAAGUACAUUGUAAUCAGUUACUUAUGAAAUUUUAAUAUAUUAAACAAAAUAUUCUAUUUUAACAAAAAAAGGUCAGUUUUUUUGA